UACAAACGGUCGGCGCGAGAAGCUAGCUAGGCGCGAGCGUCUGCUGCUGGGACCUGGUGCUGCCGCCUGGGAUCGUGGGUUUCCCCGGGGCUUGCAAGUGCUGCCCCCCACCCAUUCCCUGUCGUGCAUUCCCGGAGGCUUUCGGAACGCGCUUCUUUGGGCUCGGCGCCUGCGGGGUGAGCCCGGGAGAGCGGGCGGGGCUGCGCCCCGGGUUGGACUGCCGCCCCCUCUCUCUGCUGUCCGGACGCCGGGCCCUGGCGGCCGAAUGACCAGGUUGGACAUUUCACCUUUAAAAUCAGGUGGAGAGAGGAGCCCUCCUUAGCUUCCCCACACACCCAGGCCAUUCAUCCUCUUGGUAACAAUUCGCGAAGUAGGAAGGAUCCUGACAGCUCCUCUCCUAUUCGCUUGUGACUUAAAGCUGUAAAGUUUAUGGGCUGAUUCCUCCUGUUGGAUCCGUGGAACGAUCCGCUUUUCUGAAAUAUCGUCUACAAGGAAGAAAUGAAAAAUAGUUCGUGUUUACCGUGUUUGGAUUUUUUUGGUGUUUCAAAUAUGUCUCCACCAUCCUAGAGGACUACAGCUAUUUCCCUCCUUGCGGAAAAAAUUGACCUCGAAAUUGACUCUGGAAUUAUGGAAAUAAUACUUUUCCCCCUAAAAUUAUCCAUUUAUAUGUGAACACAGCCGCUUCCCUGAGUUCUGCAUUUCCCCUUUCUCCCUCCUCUUCGUCUACUCCCAUUUUCUCAAGUUUCCCCUUUCGGAGACCUUUCUCCCUAUUUUUUACAGUGGAUUUCCGUAUUCUUUCUUGCGGGACGUUUCGGAGACUUAAUUUUCCAAAUCACUCUGCUCCUUUUUAUUUUUGAUGCCCGGUUUAGAUAAUAUCUAUUGUUGUGAACCAUGUGGUACAUUAGGCAUCCACCUUAAUCGUUGCCUUGACUGUAAGUGCUUCAUUCUGAACAUGCGGCCAUGGCAUUCCCUUGGGAGGAUCUUUUCAUGAUAUCCAACAGCAAUGCGACUUAGCUGGAUUAAAAGUAUUAAGCCGCUAGGGUACAGCGUUUUCACCACGCCUCCCCUAAUAAAUUAAGUUGGACAGAGCACUCUCUGGAGGAAACCUGGAAGCAAUAUUGACACCAUCUUAAUGUGACCUCAUUUCAAAGAAACUUCAUUCCCAGAGGAUCCAUUAUUUAAGGUGAAAAGAUUAUUUUAAAAGCUGGAGCUGAAUGUGAUGUGAAAUGAUGGCUACAGGUGACUUAAAAAGAAGCUUACGAAACCUGGAGCAAGUGCUUCGUUUGCUCAGUUAUCCGAAAGAAAUAGAUUGUGUAGGUUUGGUUAAAGGAGAUACAGCAGCUUUUUUGCCCAUCAUCAGCUAUUCCUUUACCUCAUAUUCACCUUAUAUAGCAGAACUCCUGGUGGAAGCCAAUGUGGAGCUCAUAGCAAAGACUGACUUGCGCUUUGUAGAUACUGUCUAUAAGCUUCUUCGUGAUCAAUUUAAUUAUAAACCAAUCUUGACCAAAAAGCAGUUUCUCCAGUGUGGAUUUGCGGAAUGGAAAAUCCAAAUUGUUUGUGACGUUUUGAAUUGUGUGAUGAAAAAGCACAAGGAGUUAUGUGGUCUGGAGAAGAUUCCACUACAACAAAGGAAGAAAAUCAGUUUUAAUAAACCAGAACCUUCUUCAAGCAUUGAGAAAAUAUCUGCAGAACCUGUUGGCAUUGACAUCACUGGCAGGUUUUUGACUUCAGGAAAGAAGAAAGCUGUGGUGAUCCGUCACCUGUAUAAUGAAGAUGGAGGUAACAUUCCCGAGGACACAUUAAGUACAGUAACAGACGUUAAUGAAGCGUUUGAAGUAUGUGACGUAAAGCCUGCUGAAAUAAAGAUUCCUGAAGUAAAGGUCCCUGAAAUUGAGUCCGAGCAACAAGAUCUAAAAGCUAAUCCUGAGUUUGCAGCUCUCCAGACUGUGCUUGCGGAAUGCCAAGAGAAGCUUCAGAAACUGAGUUGGAUAGAAAGUAGAUUAGAUUCUUUGGAGGAGAAGAUGAAAGGGAAAGUGAUGGUAAAUGAAAGGACUUGGACUAAUCUUCUGAGUCGUGUCACUCUCCUUGAAACAGAAUUGCUUUUGUCUAAGAAGAAUGACAAAUCUAUGGAACUUAAUGAGGCAAGUGAAGACUACGCUUUUAGUUGUGACCUCAAAAAUCUGAAUACUGACAAGAAAAACGACGAGGGGAGCCAAACGGGCCCAACUCUGUCCUCUGGUUACGGUCCCAGUUCAGCAGUGUGGACUCCCCAAAACUCAGCUCUUACUUACUGUGGCUUGAGAGAGAUUUCAGAGGAAACAACAAUCCAGAGAAUGGAAAGGAUGAAAAAAAUGUUUGAAGAAACUGCAGAGUUACUGAAAUGCCCAAAUCACUAAUUAUAAAAUUGUCUGCAUGAACUUCUAUGGGACUUUGGCGUCUGUACAUGUUGUAUGUUUUAAGGAUUCUUGCCAUAAUUUAAUAGACCACAGUACUUUUUGCUGUUCAGCUCCACUUGGCGUAUGGACCUUUCCUUCAGUAUGGAGUAAACGCUUAAAUAUUUUUGUGCAUUAUUAUACCACUUGACUCUCUUAGGAAAACUACAUUUUUUAUGGAGUGAAGUCAGUAGAGUACUGUAUUUUUGUGUUGACAUUUGUUGGCAGUGUGCUGAGGAAUAUGUUUUUAAAGCACAGGCUGGAGGCUUCCGUCCUGCUGGCAGGCCUCCAGCUGGGGCGCCCGUUGUCCCCACGAGGCUCCCGGACAUCAGACCAUCCUUUCACCUGUCCUGACCAACCCGCUGCAGUGAAAAGUUAGACAUUAAAUAGAACAAAAGACAGCUGUUUCCCGCCUGGUCAAAAAGCAGCAACACGUUUUCACUUAGCACUGAGGAAGGCAGGGUAUGAGUCUCUUCUUGUACUCGGAAGCAGGUCAGAAAGUUCAUUGUGAAAAGCGCUGAGUUUCUCGUGCCCUGGUCUGUGACACCUCACAGACUGGCAGCCCGGGCAGAUGGUGCCCGUGGGGCUGCACGACGCAGGGAAGUUUUUUCAGUAAGUGAUGUGAAGUUACGCUUUUUUUCUGGAAAGAGGAGAUACCACAAUCUUAGAGAAAGUUAAAUCAAGGGAAAAAUGGAGUUCGUUUUUAAAUUUUUAGAUAAGUUAUCAUUCUUUUAAACUUUCCAAAUGUGAUAAUAGUAAUUGUGGGUAACCAAUCUUGAUUCCUUUAUUUAUUUGGAAGGAAAAAAGGGGUAGGUUUUUUUUAAUAUGCAACUCAUCAGACUGUUUUAUUUAUUCAGCUGUUUAUAUUAUAUGUAUAACUUUAUAUUUGUCACAGAUAAAACAGUAAUACUAAAUUGUAAUUCUGGGUAGAAGUGACUUAAGAAAAGUAUUGUGUAUCUUAACGUGCAUUCAGUCAUUAGACUUUAAAAUUAUGAACUUUCGAAAUAAGCAUAGAACCUUGAGUUUAGUCGAGUUUCAGUGUUUUUAGAACUAAUGAAUACAAUUAACUUUUUCAACUAUGAAAAUGUAAAAAAUUCACGACAUAACAAGUGAAAAACUUGUCAGUUCUAGCGUGGAGCUAUAGCACCACCUUGUGGUUACAAUAUACCAGUAUUUUUGUCAUUUACUAAAACCCAUGAUUUCCCCAAGAUAUAAUUAUGUUUCCUUUUGAAAAACACUGUUUCUAUAUAGAAAGAAAACAAUUUGAAAUUUUCUAUGGAGACAGCAUAAAAAUUAGGGCUCUUCUUUUUGUCUCUUUUGUCCUCCUUUUUUCCUUCUACCCAGUUAGAUGCCUUGGAACAUUUCUCAUCUAAUAUCUGAUCUAAUAUAUGUGUAGUGUGCCAAACAGAACUGUACGUUGAAAUUAUAGUAAAAGACGUGUCAGAGUGGAAAUUUGGAAUUCAAAGAUUUUUUUAAGGCUUCUAUUUAACAAAGGGGAACUAAUAAUUCAUAACUCCAUCCACUUAGAAUCUCAGUGUACUCCUUUAACAAUGUAAAAUUUGGAAAAAAUAAAAGCAGAUUGGACUUUGUUGAAAUUAUUGAAGAGAAAGCCAAAUGAUUUAAUAUUCUAACACUUUGAGAACUAGAAAAAUUUUCUCUCUUGUAUACUUGGUUAUGUGGCUUGUAGCCAUCAGCCAAGCCCCUGUUGGUUAACUUGGAAGUUUGAGAGAAUGAGAAGAGGGGCUUAAAUCCUGCACAGAUUAUUUCCAGCUACAUAAUUAAACCCUUUGUUAACUGGAAUUUUCACUAAGCUGAACCCCUUAAUUCUCCCAGAAGCCCCUGCAAGGUAUUCCUUUUACUACCAACGAAGGCCCUGCAGCUUGUGCAGCGGAAGGGUCUGGCCGGCCCGGGAGGCCGCGCGGCAGGUCCCGGUCAGACCAACACAGACGACGACUGGCCAAGGACAUGCGAAUUCCAGGCAAGAGUUAAGAAUUACUGUGUCAGAAAAAGUAUCUUGUCUACCUGUAUGCCAUUUGUUUUGUGUGCUUGUGUUUUACUCUAGCGUUUUAAUUUUUUACCAUGUGACAUGUUCCCCCGAAAAUAAAACUUCCCG